GCGCGCAUCCUUGCAACCACCUAGUACUAAACGGUAUAGUAAAUUUCAAGAUAGUCAAUUUUGCGAUGAAGUUUGUUCUUCCGCAUCAUUCACCAUCUUAAUUUACUUGAUUUUCCAGCUCCUUUCUUUUUCUAACGACUUUUCCGCAUCGCUCACAAGUUCUUUACGACCAUAUACGACCCUGCAGCAUACUAUCUUCCAACUUUUCGGCCCAUUCCUACGAUUGCGACGCGGUCGCACACGUAGCCAAGAUGCCUGUCGUAAAGGGAGGAGUUUGGACCAACAUCGAAGAUGAAAUUCUGAAAGUGUCCGUCUCGAAGUACGGUCUAAAUCAAUGGGCGCGUGUUUCCUCGUUGUUGCCACGAAAGACCCCGAAGCAAUGCAAGGCGCGAUGGAACGAAUGGCUUGACCCAAGCAUUAAGAAGAUCGAAUGGAGCAAGGAAGAGGAUGAGAAGCUAUUGCAUCUAGCUAAGUUGAUGCCCACACAAUGGCGAACCAUCGCUCCUAUCGUCGGCCGUACCGCGAAUCAAUGCUUGGAACGCUACCAGAAACUCCUCGACGAGGCUGAGCAACGGGAGUCGUCCGGCCUGGGACUUACCGGCCCCGAAGGUGGCGAAACACAAGCACCCACAGCCGAUGAUGUACGACGACUCCGGCCCGGCGAGGUUGACCCGGAUCCGGAGAGCAAGCCUGCGAAGCCUGAUACCAUCGACCUCGAUGAGGAUGAGAAGGAAAUGCUGAGCGAGGCGCGUGCUCGCUUGGCGAAUACCCAAGGAAAGAAGGCUAAACGAAAGGCUCGAGAACGUCAACAAGAAGAGUCUCGUCGACUUGCUGCUUUGCAGAAACGGCGAGAACUGAAGACUGCUGGCAUCAACAUUAAGGUGGUCACGCGCAAGAAGGGGCAAAUGGACUACAAUGCAGACAUCCCGUUCGAGAAGGCACCCGCUCAAGGUUUCUACGAUACUACAGAGGAGAUGACUCGAAACGAAAAGCAACGAGCAGCUUUUGACCCCCGUAAACAACAACUUGCUAGUAAGAGGAAAGGGGACGAGAACGAUGAGUCCGAGCGAAAAAGACGGAAGAAUGACAAAGAGGCCCCUUCCGCCUCUAUGCAGGCCGCCUUAAAGGCUGGACAGAUGCAGAAGAUCCGCGAAGCUGAGCAGAGCAGUAAGAGACGAGCUCUCGUCCUUCCAUCCCCCCAAGUGAGCGAUGGCGAGCUUGAAGACAUCGUCAAGAUGGGCAUGAUGGGCGAGCGCGCGAAUUUGCUUGCUCAGAAUAGCGAGAAUGAUGCUACCAGAGGACUCGUCAACACGUACUCUACUCUUAACUCGCAAACUCCCAUUCGCACUCCUAUGGCACCCCCCCAGCAAGAUCGAAUUGCGAACGAAAUAAAGAAUAUUCGAGCUUUGACCGAGAACCAGUCGGUGUUAUUGGGAGGUGAGAAUGCCGAUCUUCAAGAAGGCACCGGCUCUACUGGGUUUGAAGGGGCCGCUCCUCGAAAGCAAGUCAUGUCGACCCCUAAUCCUUUAGCUACCCCUCUACGAGCUGGUAUGAACGGCGGAGGUGCUACUCCUCGGAGGCCAGGACAGACCCCUCUUCGUACUCCUCGAGACAACUUUGCUCUCAAUUCUGGAGAUGAGGAGAUGUCUAUGGUCGGAGGCACCGCCAAGGACAUGCGACUAAGGGAGUUGUCAGUGAAGCAUCAACUCAAGCAAGGCCUCGCUUCUUUGCCAAAACCAAAAGAGACGGAAUGGGAACUUGAGAUCCCCGAGGAGCAGCAGGAAGCUAUGGAUGUAGAUGAGACAGAGGAGGACGCGGAAGUACGAGACCAACGAGAGCGAGCUAUCAGAGAAGCCCAAGAGAAACUAGAGCGAAAGCGACGCACGCAAGUUAUGCAGAAAGAGCUUCCUCGACCGGAAUCUGUCAACGUGGAAGCCCUCAUUCAAAAAGCAUCUACGAUUCCUGAUCCUAUUGAAGCGCAGAUUGCUAAAGAGGCUGCCUUACUUAUUGCAAACGAUGCCGUAAAGUUCCCUAUUCCGGGCUCAAAACCUAGCGUCGGUCCCGCCCGUCUACAGCAAAUUGAUGACGUCUCACUGGAUGAAGCGCGCUUGCAGAUCCUUAUGGAAGUUAAGACCAAGCCCCAGCCGGAAGAAAUUCAAGCAUGCUGGGAGCGAGAGGGCAGCAACGCACUCCUGGGUCUGGGCUGCUAUGAAGACGACGAGGAAGAACAGGUGGCAGCUAUGAAAGCAGCCCUUGAGUCAGUACAAGAGUCCACAAUGGAGACUGCCGAAAAGUGCUCGAAGCUUGAGAAGAAACUGGCGCUCCAUCUAGGAGGUUACCAGCAGCGAGCCAAGACACUCAGAUCGAAGAUGGGCGAGGCGUAUGAGGCACUUCAGAAAGCCAACUUCGCUCUAAGCGCAUUCAAAACGCUAGCAGUAUCAGAGGAGAUCGCUGCUAAAAGCCGUCUGGAAGUUCUCAGGGAAGAGGUCGGCCAUAUCACUCGCCGAGAGCGCGAGGCGCAGGAGGCGUAUCGUCAAACUAAGGAGGAACUCGACAGCUUCACGAACGGUGUUAAUGGAUUCCAUUAGCUUCCUGAUCCUCAGGCUAAAAAAAAAAUGAUCCGAAUAGAGGCUUGUAUUUACAUUAUUUGCGCGUGCCGUUUCCACGACCGACUCCGCAGAGUAGCAUUAAAAGAAGGGGACACGCGAAUCUAUACAUUGAUUUUGCUAAGCUGUGUGGUACAGAAGGAAAAGCAUUGGGUGCAAGGUUAUUUGCAUAUGUCUUCACUAACUCCGACGAGUGUGAAGGGAGAGACGAGGGGCUGAUUAUAACAGUAUGUCCUCUCAUGGAAAGAGAAUGCCCGAAUCAUUGCAGUGUACUGUAAUCCAAAUCGUCCGAGGCACGGUAAUAAUGCA